GUUCCCAGGCGAGGGACGUCUGCUAACUGCUUACCUGUGACACCCUUAUGUGACCUGACGGGUUGGAACCGAUUUAGCCCUCCCGUGAAAUCGCGAUUCGACGCAGCACUGGAUAUAUCGCGAAGAUCAUGGUAUUUCUGCAAGCAGGCAGUACGCUGAUUGAAGGCGCCCUAGGACAAUGGAGGAACUCGAAUACUUUGACAACGAUUCUGUACACUGCGACGUUUCUUCUGAUCUUCACUUCGCUCCUGAAAAAAAUAAUAACGUAUUUUGAAAAUGCGAAAAACGACAUUAAAUAUCCCCCCUAUAUAUCUUCCAUGAUUCCAUUUCUGGGUCAAGCUAUUGCAUUUAAUAAAGAUCCGAUUGGUUUUUUGGAACAAGCAUAUAUUAAGUAUGGUCCAGUAUUCAGCUUCACAAUGGCUGGUAAGACGUUUACCUACCUUAUAGGACCCGAAUCAAGUACAAUAUUCUUUAACAGUAGAAAUGAGUCAUUGAAUGCUGAGGAUGUCUACUCUAGAUUGGUCACUCCUGUGUUUGGUAAAGGAGUAGCAUAUGAUGUUCCUAAUCACAUAUUCUUAGAGCAGAAAAAAAUGUUCAAAACUGGGUUGAACAUUGCAAGGUUCCGAAAACAUGUUCAAAUGAUUGAGCAAGAAACCAGUGAUUAUUUCAGGAAAUGGGGAGAUAGUGGGGAGAAAGAUCUGUUUGUUGCUUUAUCAGAACUGAUUAUUUUGACUGCUAGCAGAUGUUUGCAUGGGAAGGAAAUUCGUUCCAUCUUGGAUGAGAAUAUAGCUCAACUGUAUACAGACAUGGACGGUGGUUUUACGUAUCUAGCAUGGUUAUUCCCCGGUUGGAUCCCGUUUCCCAGUUUCAUCAAGAGAGAUAGAGCACAUAAGAAAAUGAAACAAAUAUUCUAUGAGGCCAUUGCCAAGCGCCGAGCUGGCGAUACAGAAGAUGACAUGUUGCAGACACUUCUUGACAGUACUUACAAAACUGGUAAAUAUUUAAGUGAUGACGAGAUAGCAGGUAUGUUGAUAGGAUUACUCAUGGCAGGUCAACAUACAUCUUCUACUACAAGCGCAUGGUUGGGAUUCUUUUUGGCUAAAUAUAAAGAUAUUCAGGAUCAGUGUUAUGCUGAACAAAAAGAAGUCUGUGGAGAAGAUCUUCCUCCUGUAGAAUAUGAUCAGUUGAAGAAAAUGGACAAUUUAGACCGUUGUCUUAAGGAGACUCUUCGCCUCAGACCCCCUAUCAUGACCAUGAUGAGAAUGUGUAGAAUCCCCCAGACUUUCAAGGGAUAUACCAUACCACCUGGUCAUCAAGUGUGUGUAUCACCUCCUGUCAAUCAACGAAUACAGGAUAAAUGGGGAGAAGCCUCUAGAGAGUUUAAACCAGAUAGGUUUUUAGAUGAGUCCGCUGCCAACUCUGAGAAAUUUACAUACAUACCAUUCGGUGCCGGCCGUCACCGAUGUAUCGGUGAAAACUUUGCGUACGUCCAAAUCAAAACAAUAUGGUCAGUGCUGCUCAGGAAGUAUGAAUUUGAGUUGGUUGAUGGUUUCUUUCCUCCAGUUAAUACUACUACUCUUAUCCAUACACCAGAUAAACCUAUUAUUAGAUACAGGAAGAGGAAGUAAGAGCGACAUCAUUGAAGAGUGCAAAGCUUUUAAUGUAGUACUAAUGACUACAUGUAUACUUACAUCAUGCAAUGAUUUUAAUGUAGUACCAUUGAUUUCACUGACAAACUUUUUGUAAAACAAAUACAACAAUCAAAUCAUAUUUCACUAUUUAUGUGCCUGUGUAAAGUACUUCAUUGCUGGACAUUUAAAUUAAUUUCAUAAUUUUAGGACCAAGCUUUUACUUUUGAACUAAAUAAAUAAAAUAAGGAACAAUAAUUCAAUAAAGAUGAAAGUCCAACUACCACUUGCUAAAAACUUUAAAGGUGUAUAUGCUGUAACAUUUUGUUUUAAAACAAACUUGAUUAUGUUACUGGUAUUUAUUACAUGUUGAAACACAUUCAUGUGUUAUGAAAGUGAUAUUUUCAUGUCAAAUCUUUUAUGCCUAUAUUUUAACGUCAUUCAGACAGUAUGUAACAAUGGUAACAUAAAUAUGAUUGAUUUUAUGUUGAAAUAAUUAUUGUAAUUUACUAAUUGUAGUUUUGUAUGAUGUCUAACUUAAACUGUUGUGCUGAAUUACAGACUUGACUGCGCUGACAAUGUCUAGGCACCUAGAUGUCAUGAUGCGCAGAGGAUCUGUAAUCGGCAUGUAAUCUUAAUUAGUGGACUAUAGGGAGUUUUAAAUCAGGUGUUCUUACAGUAUGAAUGCUUACAAUCAAACCUGGGUUUCACAGUUUACAUGUAAAUUGACAGUCGCAUGUAGUGUUAUGAAUGGAUUACCAAAACUCCAUAUAAGGACUAGAGGGAGGUCACUGUACACAGGUCUGACUGUUAUAAAAUUUAAGAACCCACAUGUCUUGUGGUCUGGUUGUAAGGUAAACUUUAUUGUCUGUAUGCCUUUCUUUUCAUUGAAUUUUAAAAUCUAAGUUUUAUUCUUGGAAAUGAUGACUGUAUUUUUUUGCUCACAUUUGUUUGUGCUUUACAUUCU